AUGGCCACGGCGUCGCUCUUUUUCCCAAGAAACUUAGGGAGGCUCCAUUCGUUUCUCUUCUUUUCUUCCUUCUUGCUCUGUUUGUCUGUGACGGCAACCGACACGCUCUUGCCUGGUCAGGACAUUAGUGGCAACAAGACCUUAAUAUCUCCCAACCAAGUGUUUGAGCUCGGAUUCUUCAAGACCGGCUCCUCCUCCGCCAACUACUACCUGGGCAUUUGGUUCCGGGACGACCCCUACCAGAAAUCCAUCUGGGUCGCCAACAGAGAGUAUCCGAUUCCGGAUUCCUCGGGCGUUCUCGCCAUCAGGUACGAUGGGAAUCUGGUGAUCAAAGACAGGAGGCUGAUUCCGGUGUUGGUCAAUCCUGUGAUGCUUGCCAAUAGUAACGGCACGCAUGCCACGCUUCUCGAUUCUGGCAAUUUCGUUCUUGUGGACGGAGAGAGCAAGAGCGUUGUCUGGGAAAGCUUCUUUUAUCCAAGUGACACGUUGUUGCCUGGGAUGAGACUUGGGUGGUUCAAUUUAGGGACAGACAAGUUGAGGGAUCAAUUCCUGGUCUCGUGGCAGACUCCAUCUGUUCCUUCCACCGGUUCUUUUGCUCUCGGCCUGAAUAAGAAUAACCAGACCGAGCUCCGGGUGUGGCACACCGAGGUCUCACGGGAGAUCGGGUAUUGGGAUGGCCGCAUAUUCAAGUUCCUCUACAACAGCUCGCUAGAUGACUACAAUUUCAGCUAUGCGAACAGCAGUGAUGAGAUAUAUUUCACUUUUACCAAUAGGAGGAAUGAUAGCAUCUCCUGGUUUGUGUUGACGCCUUUGGGGGAAAUUCAAGCUUUCACUAUGAUCGGGAAGGAGAUAUCGAUGGUGUAUAGUCCAAUUUGCGAGAAUAUUUCCUCAUCCGGUGCAACUAACUGCUUCAUUGAGCAGCCGUUGUCCUGUGGCAACGGUAAUAACUUUUCUAAGAUAGAAGGGGCGAUGCUGAAUCCUACUGCGUUCAAUGAAUCAGAUCAUCUGGGUAUUAGCGACUGCGAAAUCAUGUGCAGAACCAAUUGCUCUUGCACUGGUUUUGCUUCUUAUCGUGAUGAUGGGACUGGAUGCGUGUUUUAUUAUGAGGACAUUAGCUCUAUUGUGGAUCACAUUGGCCAAGGGAAUGCCACUAUAUUCAUCCGUGGGAAUGCUACCAAAACAGCCGAUCAAGAUCCGAGGAGAUCGGGUUCUGGGAAAAAGAGGCUGCUCUGGGUGAUUGGAAUCAUUCCUGUGGUUAUAUUGGUAAUUUUCGUGGCAAUGUUCAUAUCAAGAGGGAAAUGCUCCACCUGGCUAGUAGCAGCAUGGAAGGAGAAUCGGACCAGCACAAAUCGAAGUUUGGAGCUGUUUCUUCAACAACUGGGUUCAGCACGAGGUUCCAGCAACAGCACGAGUAGACUUGAUUCUGUCAGAAAGAGGGAUCACGAGCUCCCGAUUCUCAGUUUCUCUUGUGUCACAACAUCUACAAAUAAUUUCUCCCCAGCAAAUAAACUUGGAGAGGGUGGUUUUGGGCCUGUUUACAAGGGCACGUUGCUGGGGCAUGAAUUCGCAGUAAAAAGACUUUCUAGGAAAUCCGGACAAGGAAUAGAGGAGUUCAAAAAUGAGGUUCAAUUAAUAUCCAAGCUUCAACACAGAAAUCUCGUGAAGUUGUUGGGUUGUUGCAUAGAAAGGGAGGAAAAGAUUUUGAUCUAUGAGUACAUGGCAAACAAAAGCUUGGAUUCCUUUCUUUCGGUAUAUCCUAACAAGAAGCAACUGCUGGACUUGAGGAAACGAGUUUCUAUAAUUGAAGGGAUAGUUCAAGGGCUUCUUUACUUACACAAGUAUUCUAGGCUAAGGAUCAUACAUCGAGAUUUGAAAACCAGCAACAUAUUGCUAGAUGAUGACAUGAACCCAAAAAUAUCAGAUUUCGGGAUGGCAAGAAUUUUUGGAGAGAACGAAGUGAGGGGCAGGACGAAUAAAGUUGUUGGAACCUACGGCUAUAUGUCUCCAGAGUAUGCUGUACAUGGGCUUUUCUCUACCAUGUCUGAUGUAUUCAGCUUUGGAGUCAUCAUGCUUGAAAUCGUCAGUGGCCGAAGAAACACAACUUUUUCCAGUCUAGAUCACUCUCUAAACCUCCUUGAAUAUGCUUGGGAGCUCUGGUGUAGCAGCCGUGGCAUAGAGUUAAUUGAUCCAGUGGUGGCUGACACAUCGUCGGUCAGCAAACUGUUGGUAUGCCUCCACAUUGCUUUGCUCUGUGUGCAAGAACGCCCAGAAAAUAGACCCUCAAUGUCAGAUAUUGUUACUGUAUUAAGCAACGAAAAUGCGGAUCUGCCCCGACCAAAGAAGCCAGCCUUCUCAGCCCAUAUUGAUUCUUGUAAUUCACUUCAUCAGCAAGAUUGUUCGACUAAUGAUGUAAGCUACUCUGUCCUAGAAGCUAGAUAGCAACCGUAGAUACCACGUCAACAGGUCUCGCAGCUAUGAUAUUCUAUUAAUUUGUGAAUUCUUGACUUCACAUGUAAAGUGAGAGUAGAUCAUUCUUUUAAAUAUCUCAGCUAUAAUUUUAUACAAUUCUU